AAGUGAACUAAUCCUUUAAUUGUUUAUUUUAAUCUACAUUCCUAGUUUUUGGUAAUAAGUUUUAAUUCAAGCAACUUUAAACCUGAAAUCUAAUGGUUUUGGGCAAUGGUUGAUAACUACUACUGUUGUUAAGAGACUAGGAAAUUAUUUGAUAAAAGAAAAAUAAUGCUUUUUACCCUAAAAUGCUUUAGAAAACUAUUUAAAGACGCAUAUAAGCAGUCUUGAGAUGACAGUAAAUGGCAGAGGUGAGUUUGAAGAGAGCUCGUCCAGGCCCCGCCCCCUCCUGAAGGUACACCGCUGAUGAUAACUGUCGCACACGAAUCAGAUUCAGGAUGAUGAACCGAUGAAUUAUGAAGAAGUGCGCGAGUCAGAUGCUUUAGAAAGCUUGCACGAUUUAGUUGCUCGAAGCUAAACGUAUACCAGAUCCGACAAGCUGAUUCAAAGUGUGAGCAAAGGCGGAGAUGUUUAAGCCAGAAUGGGGCAAAAUUGCCUUUGUUCCUCCAGGACAGAGAGGACUCGUGCAAGCGGCUUGAGAUGUGCGUAGGAUCUCUGCUUUUCAACUGGAGCGAGCUAGAAACAACACGAUUCCGCCAACAACUAACAGAUAACUUGUGCGAAUAAGAUGGAGCACUGAUAAACGCGAAUCAGAAAGGCGUGUGUUACAGACGGGGAUGUGUUUCAUGUGUGCUUCUCGUGCAGACCACAUGGGGUAGAGGUAUCUGGAAGUUACAGCGCUGCAAACGGGGAGCAUCACUGUAGGAGGCUCGAGACGCGCAUUACACUGUCCCGCGUUCAUAUGAUGGACGGAUUUCUGACAGAGCGAUAGAAAAUGACCGUGGACCACCUUGGAGCCCUCUGGCAGCAUAAGAAGCAACUGUAAUGGAUUUUCCCCUAAAAAAACAUCCACUGUUUAUGAAGUAAGCUACAGAAAGUGAUGCUGCUCGUUCUGUCUGAAGGAAUGAAAAUCGCUCUGGAUUACAAGCCUAGUUAUGAUGUUCAAAACUACGAAUAUACAUUCACUCAAGCAAGCGGGUAUUUGAAAAUUUGUCUGUGAAAUUAGCGAUCGAGAAUCUUCUUUUGGAGGUGAAGACUAGUAUAAUAACUCAAAUGGAGUUGCCACUGGUGGUUUUUACGGUAGUGUGUUGGGUCUCCGUAUGGUCGGACGACAGGAUCAUCUCAGACAGACAUGCGGUCUACUGGAACAGUUCAAACUCCAGGUUCUGGCAGGGUGAAUACACGGUGGCCGUGAGCAUCAACGACUACCUGGACGUGUACUGUCCGUACUACGAGAGCCCCCAGCCACACAGUCGCAUGGAGCGCUACAUUCUUUUCAUGGUGAACCAUGAUGGUUACCUCACCUGUGAGCACCGCAUGAGGGGCUUCAAACGGUGGGAGUGUAACCGGCCCCAGAGUCCCGACGGACCCCUGCGCUUCUCCGAGAAGUUUCAGCUCUUCACCCCUUUCUCACUUGGUUUCGAGUUCCGACCUGGUCAUGAGUACUAUUACAUAUCCUCUCCUCAUCCUAACCACGCUGGCAAGCCGUGUUUAAAGUUGAAGGUGUAUGUGAAGCCUACAAAUGGUUCGGGCUACGAGUCUCCAGAGCCCUUCCUGACUGAUCAGAGCCAGCGCUGCAGGGCAGACGGCCCGUGCCUAGCUGUGCUGCUGCUGCUGGCCUUUCUGCUGGGCCGCAUUUAAGAAGCUCCGCCGCUGCCCAGACUGCCUACCGCUCUCCCUCCAUCCAUACUCCCUCAGGGAAGCCCUCUCAUCCAGCCCCCCGGUUCACAGGCUAAUGCGCAGUCAUCCUCUUUUUUUAUCGAACGAGCUCCUCGCAGCUGAUCCGAGGACAGAGACGUUCACCCUGCUUAGCGGCUGAUGUAAAGCAGUUGUGAGACUUAAACACCUGGAGUCUGUCGUGGAAUGUGACCUUUUAUAUAUGCUGUCAUGUAAUCGAGGCUUGUAUUCAUGUGCCAUUUUGUCACAUUUCAGGGCGUUGCGGUUUACAAAAGAUUUCAAACACUUAUUUGAUUAGCUAUAAUACCCCCCACAUCGUCUUUAUUCCAUCCUCAGCCCCUGUCUACCCAGAAAUAAAGGGAUUUUUCUCCCUAAUAACAAAUGACACCAAAGGACUCUCUUCAGAGUUUUAGUUUUAUUUUCCUUUUGAAGGGAGAGAAGAAAUGUGUUUUGUGGUAGCCAGCAGCUAGGGACUUAGUGUUAGACAUUCACAUGCAUGUGAAACACUGUGAAACAGAAACUGAUCUUCUUACAAUAGUAACGAUAUAUUUUUAUUAGCAAAAACGAAACAAAAGUAGACCUUCUAGCCACUCUUCUAGUGUACGGCUCAGCUGGUGGAGUUUGGAUGAGACGCAGCCAAAUGUCAGUGCUCACUGCUGGCCUUCGCCUCAAAACUACGUGUCUGCUGGUGGGACAAGGACACUGAAUCUCCGAGAUGAGAAUAAUUGCUUUGGUGCAAACCCAAAUGCCGCUUAAUAAUAAAACUCUGCAUUGGUUUUUCUUUCCAGCUCCGUGGGACAAACAAGCAAUGAAACGCAGUGUGUGUGUUUCAAAAAAUGAUCUGUGAGGAUCAGGGACUAGCCACUUUUAAUUCACCGACGCACGCACUGCGGGCAUGGACGAAAAGGAAAUGGAUUUUUUGUAUUCUAUUUCAUGUUAUUUUUGUAGCAUUUAAAAGCAACAUUAAUUAUUCAUGUGAUACGAGGAACGGUUUUAGCGUCUUGAGUGCCGAUACUGUGUGUGAGUCAGCAGUCGGACGUAUUCAGAUGGGCCCACUCUCUCACUCUUACUGUUGUUAUUGUGAUCUUGUCAAACUGUAUUCAGUAUUUAAAGAGACAGAAAGCAUUUCUUUCCAUCUGAUUUGAUUGUGUCCUCUUUUUCAUGUGACGUUUUGUACAGCCAACAUGUUCUGUCGAACUGAAGAAACAUGCAGAAAUGAAAAAUAAAGCAUUUUUGUCUACGA